AUGUUGGACUUCAACAGAAGAGGCCUUUGGCGCAACAGCAACGCUACUGUCAGAGCAAGCAUCACGCCAACAACUGUACCUAUCGUCGUUUAUGUCCAUAACCGGCCGGCGUACUUAAGGGAAGUGCUAACCAGGCUGUCGCGAGUUGACGGAAUCGCGGAGAGUCUUCUGAUUGUGAGCCAUGACGGAUACUUUCCAGAAGUGGUGGCGGUGGUUCGUGAGUUCACCUUCAUGAGGAUUAAGCAGCGCACAACUUCAAAAAACAGCUUUCCCAGCCGCUCCCCCGAUGAUUGCCCCGGAACCCCAUCUCCAAUAACACCAGCGCCAGAUGGUUGCACGGGGGAUUCAGACCAGUACGACAACUUUCGAAACCCCUUCUUCGUGGGCCUGAAACACCACUGGUUCUGGUUGAUGAACCAAGUGUGGGACGAGAUGGAGGAGUUCCAAAACUUUGACGGCCACAUAUGUUUCCUUGAAGAGGACCACUUAGUGGUUCCCAACGCUUAUCGUACACUCCAGGUCCUGAUUGCCGUGAAGAACGCGCGCUGCCCGGACUGCGUCGCAGUCAGCCUGAGCACCGGCCACCGGGCCCAUUCGCCGGGCGUGCUAGGCGGAGAGCACUUCGUCGCUGACCGGAUGUCGAAUAUGGGUUACGCAUUUAACCGCACGGUUUGGCGGAGGAUAAAGGCGCAAGCCCGCAAGUUCUGUGGGUUUGAUGACUAUGGGUGGGACUGGACGCUUGAAUGUGCGGUGAUGGCGAGUUGGGCGCCGGGGACGCUGAGCCUGCACGCGGCAGGCGCGAGUGUAAUCCAUGCGGGCAGGGUCACGCAUAGGUAG